UUUAUAAUAAUUAGGAAAAAGUUAGUAAAUCCCGUAAUACUUAUAGAAAAUAUUUAUAAUAUAAAUAAAACAGAUAUUUUUUUAAGUAUUCUAAACUCUUUAAAGGUUCUAGUAAAUAAGAAUAAGCUCAGAGAUUAUAAAAAAGUAAAAGUAAAGUAUACUUUAAUUAUUAUAAUUAAAUAUAUCUCU